CCGUGCCGAACGGGACUACAGAAGCGGAUAAUAACUCUCAACCAACAGUAUCACCAGUUCAGCUGUUCGCUGCUAUAAGCUAGAGCUGUUCAGGCAUUUGCCAAUCAGUUCAGUUCAGUUCUCGGUGUGGUUAGUGACGGCGUUCCAAAGUGAUACGUUUGAUAGUUUGCGAAAAGUGAAAAUCUGAUUGGUAUCAAAGUGUGGUCACAAGACGGCUAAGAAAAUUGCAAACAGUGAAACAAACGUGAACCGGAUCGUUCUUUGUUGUGUAUUUCGUGAAAUCCCUCCGUUUUUCGCAUGGUAGUCGUGAGUGGUCGUGAACAGUUAACACCAAUGCUGAAUAAUUAACUUCAUUGACGAAAAGUUUCGAGAAUUUCUCUAAAGAAUAAAAUCACAGGUCAGUUAGCCCUUGGUUCGGGCUCUGACCACUUCCAGGGAGAUCCACCCUGGUGACACGUAUUAAAAACGCUGGCUAACCCCCACCGAGACUGGCUGCCUCUUCGUUUUAAUUGAAAUUUUUGAGACUAUUACACACGCUCACGUGUCAACGGUUAAAGACUCCUGAAAUCUACGUUUCUACCUCACAAGCAAGCAUUCCACAACCCUAAAUUAGUUAAUCAACAUGAAAUUCCUCACCCAAAACGAAACCGAAAUGGUCCAUAUCGUCAACGGUCCGGUCAACGUGCCAGACAUCAUUGAUAAGCUCACCAACGAGCUUUCGACUGAGGAACCCUUCUACGUGAUGGAUAUAGGCGAUAUCGUCCGUAAGCAUCAGGCCUGGAUCGAGAAGAUGCCCCGCGUGGUACCGCACUAUGCCGUCAAGUGCAACGAUACCGAAGUGGUCUGCGCUACGCUGGCCGCUCUCGGUGCUAGCUUCGAUUGCGCAUCCAAGGGUGAGAUCGCCAAGAUUCUCGCACUCGGCGUCAGCCCGGAUCGCAUCAUCUUCGCCAACCCGAUGAAACCGAGCUCGCACCUCCGCUACGCCAAUGUCAACAACGUCAAGACAAUGACUUUCGAUAGCGAUAUCGAGCUGCACAAGAUUAGGAAAUUCUGCCCGGACGCCAAGCUGGUGCUUCGCAUCCGAUGCGAGGCGGAAAAGGCGCAAUGCCCAUUGGGAAAGAAGUUCGGAUGUGAUCCCGUGGUGGAAGCUCCACGCCUGAUCAAGACCGCUCAAAGUAUGAACUUGGACGUAGUCGGUAUCAGCUUCCACGUUGGAUCGGGUUGCUCCGACUUCCCAGUCUACUACAAGGCAAUCUCCUACGCAAGAGAACUGUUUGACUACGCUAAGCAACUGGGAUAUGAGUUCAAUCUAUUGGACAUCGGCGGUGGUUUCCCCGGAGACAAGGGCACCUCGAUUGACGAAGUGGCUAUGAUCGUCAACACAGCCUUGGAUAAUUUCUUUCCAGAUAAAUCGGUGCGCAUCAUCUCUGAGCCCGGCCGGUACUACGUGUCGUCAGCCUUCACUCUGAUCACCAAUGUCCAAUCAAAGCGUGCCUGCCUUAAUCCGGCAACAGGAGUAAUUGAUCGUAUGAUGUAUUAUUUGAACGAUGGCGUCUACGCCUCGUUUAACUGUAUCUUGUACGAUCAUCAGCUACCGAAGCCCAUUCUGAAGGGACAAUACAAUGGUAGGACUUAUAAAUCUACCAUCUGGGGACCAUCGUGUGACGCGCUGGAUCAAAUCAUUGAAACCAUCAACCUACCGGAAUUGCAGGUGGACGACUGGGUUCUCUUCGAGAACAUGGGAGCUUACACCAUUCCGGUUGCAAGCCCGUUCAACGGCUUCCCACUUCCGAAAGCGUUCUGCUACAUAAGCAAGGACACAUGGGAAAUGAUAGAUCAACUGACGACUCUUGCCGAUGAAAGCCUGUGCAACACCUCCACUUCCGACCUGGUUAUGAACUACGAAAAUGUAGUUUGUGCCUGAGUCGCUGGCCCUAUAUUGCUACGAACAAAAUUUUCUCAGAUUUUAGCUAUUAACGAAAAUUAUUCUCAUUCGUAUUCGCAUGUUCAAAAAAGCCCAGAAUUACACUCAAUCAUAUAUUUAGUUUGUAUUAAUUCUGAAAGUAAUUUUUUGUAUUCCAGCUAUUUCAAUAAACGAAGAGGCAGCCUGAAACUGCUUUUAAUAUUAGUGAAAA